CGGCCUCCCGCGGGCCGGUGCCUGCCCGCAUCGGCUACUACGAGAUCGACCGCACCAUCGGCAAGGGCAACUUCGCCGUGGUCAAGCGGGCCACGCACCUCGUCACCAAGGCCAAGGUUGCCAUCAAGAUCAUAGACAAGACCCAACUGGAUGAAGAAAACUUGAAGAAGAUUUUCCGGGAAGUUCAAAUUAUGAAGAUGCUUUGCCACCCCCAUAUCAUCAGGCUUUACCAGGUUAUGGAGACAGAACGGAUGAUUUAUCUGGUGACAGAAUAUGCUAGUGGAGGGGAAAUAUUUGACCACCUGGUGGCCCAUGGUAGAAUGGCAGAGAAGGAGGCCCGUCGGAAGUUCAAACAGAUCGUCGCAGCCGUCUAUUUUUGUCACUGUCGGAACAUUGUUCAUCGUGAUCUAAAAGCUGAAAAUUUGCUUCUGGAUGCCAAUCUGAAUAUCAAAAUAGCAGAUUUUGGCUUCAGUAACCUCUUCACUCCUGGGCAGCUGCUGAAGACCUGGUGUGGCAGCCCUCCCUAUGCUGCACCAGAACUCUUUGAAGGAAAAGAAUAUGAUGGGCCCAAAGUGGACAUCUGGAGCCUUGGAGUCGUCCUCUAUGUGCUUGUGUGCGGUGCCCUGCCAUUUGAUGGAAGCACACUGCAGAAUCUGCGGGCCCGGGUGUUGAGUGGAAAGUUCCGCAUCCCAUUUUUUAUGUCCACAGAGUGUGAGCACUUGAUCCGCCACAUGCUGGUGUUAGACCCGAACAAGCGCCUCUCUAUGGAGCAGAUCUGCAAGCACAAGUGGAUGAAGCUAGGGGACACCGAUCCCAACUUUGACAGGUUAAUAGCUGAAUGCCAACAACUAAAGGAAGAAAGACAAAUGGACCCCCUGAAUGAGGAUGUCCUCCUAGCCAUGGAGGACAUGGGACUGGACAAAGAGCGGACACUACAGUCGUUAAGAUCAGAUGCCUAUGAUCACUAUAGUGCAAUCUAUAGCCUGCUGUGUGAUCGACAUAAGAGACACAAAACCCUGCGUGUCGGAGCACCUCCUAGCAUGCCCCGAGCCAUGGCCUUUCAAGCCACGGUCAGUAUCCAGGCGGAACAGGCUGGUACCACGAUGAACAUCAGUGUUCCCCAGGUGCAGCUGAUCAACCCAGAGAACCAAAUUGUGGAGCCGGAUGGAGCAGUGAACUUGGACAGUGAUGAGGGUGAAGAGCCUUCCCCUGAAGCGUUGGUCCGCUAUUUGUCAAUGAGGAGGCACACAGUGGGUGUGGCUGACCCACGCACGGAAGUUAUGGAAGACCUGCAGAAGCUCCUACCUGGCUUUCCUGGAGUCAGCCCGCAGGCCCCGUUCCUGCAGGUGGCCCCUAACAUGAACUUCAUGCACAACCUGUUGCCCAUGCAAAAUUUGCAACCAACUGGGCAGCUUGAGUACAAGGAGCAGUCCCUGUUACAGCCGCCCACCCUACAGCUGCUGAAUGGAAUGGGCCCCCUUGGCCGGAGGGCAUCAGAUGGAGGAGCCAACAUCCAGCUACAUGCCCAGCAGCUGCUGAAGCGCCCACGGGGACCCUCUCCUCUUGUCACCAUGACACCAGCAGUGCCAGCAGUUACCCCUGUGGACGAGGAGAGCUCGGAUGGGGAACCAGAUCAGGAAGCUGUGCAGAGGUACUUGGCAAAUAGGUCCAAAAGACAUACACUGGCCAUGACCAACCCUACAGCUGAGAUCCCACCGGACCUACAACGGCAGCUAGGACAGCAGCCUUUCCGUUCCCGGGUCUGGCCCCCUCACCUGGUACCUGAUCAGCAUCGCUCUACCUACAAGGACUCCAACACCCUGCACCUCCCCACGGAGCGUUUCUCCCCUGUGCGCCGGUUCUCAGAUGGGGCUGCAAGCAUCCAGGCCUUCAAAGCUCACCUGGAAAAAAUGGGCAACAACAGCAGCAUCAAACAAUUGCAGCAGGAGUGUGAGCAGCUGCAGAAGAUGUAUGGGGGGCAGAUUGAUGAGAGAACCCUGGAGAAGACCCAGCAGCAGCAUAUGUUAUACCAGCAGGAGCAGCACCAUCAAAUUCUCCAGCAACAAAUUCAAGAUUCUAUCUGUCCCCCUCAGCCUUCACCACCUCUUCAGGCUGCGUGUGAAAAUCAGCCAGCCCUCCUCACCCACCAACUCCAGAGGUUAAGGAUUCAACCUUCAAGCCCACCCCCGAACCACCCCAACAACCAUGUCUUCAGACAACCCAGUAAUAGUCCUCCCCCCGUGAACAGUGCCAUGAUCCAGCCUCACGGUGCUGCAUCUCCUUCCCAGUUUCAAGGCUUACCCUCCCGCAGUGCAAUCUUCCAGCAACAGCCUGAGAACUGUUCCCCUCCUCCCAAUGUGGCACUAACCUGCUUAGGCAUACAGCAGCCUACCCAGUCACAGCAGGUGACCAUCCAAGUACAGGAGCCUGUUGACAUGCUCAGCACCAUGCCUGGGACAGCUGCAGCCCCUGCUGGGCGGGGCAUCUCCAUCAGUCCCAGUGCCAGUCAGAUUCAGAUGCAGCAUCGUACCAACCUGAUGGCCACCUUCAGCUACGGGCACCGGCCCUUGUCCAAGCAGCUGAGUGCUGACAGUGCAGAGGCCCACAGCUUGAACGUGAAUCGGUUCUCCCCUGCUAACUACGACCAGGCGCAUUUACACCCCCAUCUGUUUUCGGACCAGUCCCGGGGUUCCCCCAGCAGCUACAGCCCUUCAGCAGGAGUGGGGUUCCCUCCAACCCAAGCCCUGAAAGUCCCUCCACAUGACCAAUUCCCCACCUUCCCUCCCAGUGCACAUCAGCAGCCACCGCACUAUACCACGUCGGCACUACAGCAGGCCUUGCUGUCCCCCACGCCGCCAGACUAUACAAGGCACCAGCAAGUACCCCACAUCCUUCAAGGACUGCUCUCUCCCCGACAUUCGCUCACUGGCCACUCGGACAUUCGGCUGCCCCCAGCAGAGUUUGCACAGCUCAUUAAAAGGCAGCAGCAGCAGCGACAGCAGCAGCAGCAACAGCAGCAGCAAGAGUACCAAGAAUUGUUGAGGCAUAUGAACCAGGGGGAUGCUGGGAGUCUGGCUGCCAAUCUUGGGGGACAGAGUAUGACAGAGCGCCAGGCUUUACCGUAUCAAAAUGCUGACUCGUAUCACCACCACCAUACCAGCCCCCAGCAUCUUCUACAAAUCAGGGCGCAAGAAUGUAUCUCACAGGUUUCCUCACCCACCCCGACCCAUGGUUAUGCUCACCAGCCGGCACUCAUGCAUUCAGAGAGCAUGGAAGAGGAGUGCUCGUGUGAGGGGGCCAAGGAUGGCUUUCCAGACAGGAAGAGUUCAAAUACAUUGACCAAAGGUUGCCAUGACAGCCCCCUGCUCUUGAGUACUGGCGGACCUGGGGACCCUGAAUCUUUACUAGGAACUGUGAGUCAUGUACAGGAACUGGGGAUGCAUCCGUACCGACAUCAGCCAACUGCUGCUUUCAGUAGAAAUAAGGUGUCCAGCCGAGAGUCUGUCAUAGGGAACUGCAUGGAUAGAAGUUCUCCAGGACAAGCAAUGGAGCUGCCAGAUCACAAUGGACUUGGGUACCCAGCACGCCCCUCAGUCAGUGAACACCACAGGCCCCGGACCCUCCAGAGACACCACACGAUUCAGAACAGCGACGAUGCUUACGUGCAACUAGAUAACUUGCCCGGAAUGAGUCUCGUGGCCGGGAAAGCACUUAGUUCCGCACGGAUGUCAGAUGCAGUUCUCAGUCAGUCCUCGCUCAUGGGGAGUCAGCAGUUUCAGGAUGGGGAAAAUGAGGAGAGCGGGCAGAGUCUAGGAGGCCAUGAGCACUCAGACCUCACUGAUGGCAGCCAGCAUUUAAACUCCUCUUGCUAUCCAUCAACGUGUAUUACAGACAUUCUGCUCAGCUACAAGCACCCCGAGGUCUCCUUCAGCAUGGAACAGGCAGGCGUGUAACAGGAAAUGGAGAGUCUGUGUACAGCUCGCAGAUGAAGAGGCUGACUUUAAACCAACAGUAUCUAGCAGCAUUGCGCCAAAUUGCCAUUGUGUUUCUCUCCACCCAGAACGUCGUGGCUCCUUUCCUCACAUUUGGUUCAUCAGUGUGCUGUUCUUUGGGUUCUGAGGGGGUUUUGCCAUGUUUGCUUGUAUGACCAAGUCACCAAGGAAAUAAACAGGAAAUCCAUGUUCGCCACCUUUUGUGAAAGCGUAUUUGGUGUAUUUGAGUUGGUGCUUUGGUUUGGUUUGGGUUGGGUUUUGGUUUGUUUUUGUUUUGCUUUGUUUUGUUUUUGAUAUGUUUUCUUUUGGAGGUGAUUUUCUUUCGUUUCUCCUUUUUUUUUUCUUUCUUUUUCUUUUCGUUUUUGGGACAGAAAGGCAAAGCAGUUAGAGUACAGAGGCAGGGGACCCACAGCCUCUCCCCUCCCAGCCUCCACCCACAGAGCACCCUCCAGGCCUCAGCAUUGCUCCUCCGAGGAAGCACAUUCUAAAGGAUAACAUCUUCUGGAAUCACAGUGGCUGGGAAAGUGAAAGAGGAAGGGUGAUGGCCCAUGGGACUUGGAGAGCAAAACGUUGAACCUGGGGAGGUCUUUACUGCUGGGAUCACUGAAGGACAUGUCUUGCCCAGCCAGGAUCAUAUCAGAACAUUAGCGUGGAGGCUGAGGGUGACCUGGCGUUGGUGGGCUGCCGGUCGGAAUGUCUCAGUGAGAGCCUGCCCUGCUCUAUAACUCAGCUCCCCAGCUGUCACAUGGCAAGUUGGUUGCCUUUGCCAUCCUACUGGUUCCAACCAUGGACUGAACACCCAAUAGUGGUGCAUUAUGCUUUUUGUGUCACCUUUCAUCCUCAUUUUAUAUUGUGCUAUAAAAAGGAUUGUCUUCAUAUAUAUAUAUAUAUAUAUAUAUAUAUAUACACACAUAUAUAUGUGUGUGUGUAUAUAUCUAUAUAUGCCUUUCCCUUUCAGCCUCUUUGUCACAGGCAAGAAGAAUAGGAGGUUGUCUUGGGUCCUGCCUCUCUCCUCCCUGGGCAUCCUCAGCCCCUAUUUUAAUUCUUUAUCAUGUAGGAAUUGUUUUUGGUAAAUGUUGAUAUUAUUAUUAUUAUUAUUGUUAUUAUUAAUAAUAAAUAAAAACAAAAGGAAUUUUUGUUUUAAAGAGAAAUGUUUAACCAGAUUCUGUUCUAUUUGAAUUGUGACUUGCACCUUUUGUUCAAAGUAUUUUAUUUAGACAUUGUAAUUGUGACCAGUUCUUACUUGUGCCAGUGACAGAAAUAGUGGUCUCCUUUCCCCAGUUGAAGCAGUGCAUAUGCAAUAGCUAUUGUGUCACUAUCUUUAUUUUUCUUCAC